AUGCCGAAUCGCGGCAUCACAGUCAUCUCCGGAGGUAGCGCCGCGAACAAUCUGGUUGAUGUAUUCGAUGCUCUUCGAGAAAGCAAAGAGUGCCCACUGAGCUACAUCAUCCCGAUCAGUGACAAUGGCGGGUCAUCAUCGGAGCUGAUCCGGAUCUUCGGGGGUCCUGGGAUCGGUGAUGUGCGCAGUCGCCUGGUACGUUUGAUUCCGAACAUCCCCGCCAAUCCAGAACGUACCGCCGUCAAAACCCUCUUCAACCAUCGUCUCCCCGCGGAGGCGGCGGCGGCGUCGGGUGAAUGGUUAUCCAUCGUGGACGGAACGUCAACCCUAUGGCAUUCUAUCACUCCUGCCAAAAAGGAGCUAAUUCGCUCAUUCUUUAACAUGUUGAAUCUGGAGAUCCUGAAACGGGCUCGGCCACCAUCGUCUACCUUCGAUUUUACGUCCGCGAGUGUGGGGAACUUGUUCUUGACGGGUGCCCGGCUUUUCAGCGGGAGCUUUGAGAGCGCCAUCUACCUCUUGGGCAGUAUCUGCGGCGUCCAGUCUGACCUUAUACGCGUGAUUCCUGCCAUUAAUUCCAACUUUUCCCAUCACAUCUCGGCGACGUUGGCCAACGGUACCAUCAUUGUUGGCCAGAAUAGUAUCUCACAUCCGAGCGAGGAAACCGCUCUUCAACCGAAUUCUGGCACCAGACGCCCCAGUCUGCUGCUUGCGGAUGGGGAUGACCUUGAAGAUACCGAUGUGUCGGAUAUGGCCGAUGGGGUCUCCUACGAGGAAGAUCAUCUGCCCGGCUCACUCGCGUCGCUUCGCAAUAAGAAUAUUUCCUUCAGCAAGGCGAAAAAUGAGGAUCUGCCUUGCCGGAUCGAUCGCAUCUGGUACAUCAAUCCGUAUGGUCAGGAGAUCCGACCGGCGGCCAAUCCGAGGGUCCUGGAGGCUCUGAACGAUUCACAGGCCAUUAUAUAUAGCAUUGGCUCUCUCUAUACGUCUAUCAUACCCGCCGUCAUUCUACGUGGUGUCGGCAAGAGUAUUGUGACGAGUCCCGCUCGCCAUAAGAUCCUGAUCCUAAAUGGAUCAUUAGACCGUGAGACCGGUCCCCCGACGCAACCAUUCACGGCAUCUGAUUUCGUCGAAGCAAUCACCCGUGCGGGAGAGGAGAGUCGUGGCCGGCACCUCCGUCACAGGCACUCGUCUCAUCAAUCGUCCGGUCUGCCCGCCCCGACAGCCUCCAUGCAAUCAACGCAAACUCUCCCGUAUACUUCCUACGUAACUCACAUCCUGCAUCUGGACGGUCCAGGAACGCCUCAUGUCGAUCGAGAACGACUGGCGCAGAUGGGCAUCGAGGCACUUCGUUUGUACGGACGGAAGAUCACUGUGAUGCAAGACGACACGGAGGUAAUCGUCGGUAUGCGGUACGAUUCCAAUGCUUUGCUUCAAGCUCUCGAGGUGGUUCUUGGGAAGAAAGGUGACGCGAUGAUACGUGGGGGCAUUGGCAGUGGCUUGGGACGUCGGAAUACGCUAGAGCCCACGCGGCGAGAGAAAUAA